CCCAGCUAGCCAGCUACCCAGCCACCCAGCUAGUCACCCAGCCACCCAGCUAUCCAGCCACCCAGCUAGUCACCCAGCUAGCCAGCUAUCCAGCCACCCAGCUAUCCAGCCAGGCAGGCGGCCGACCCGGCUACUCCAGCCAGGGGGAGUCCAACUCCCGGGGGUGGCGGGCGGGGGGGUUGGUGCCGAGCGGCGAUGUCGGAAACCGCGAGCGGCGAGCCCCUGGAGAGACUGCGGCUCGGCGUGGCGGGCCUGCCUGGAGGGGGGCUGACGGCCACGGGGGGGGCCACGCCGCCGUCCCCCCGCGACUCGCCGGCGCCGUCCCCUCGCUGCUCACCGCGCUGCUCGCCGAGCCUCUUCCGCAAGCUGCUCAUGAACAGGAGCAUCCACCAGCGGCGUCGCUUCACCGUCGCGCAGACCUGCUUCGACGUGGAGAAUGGCGUCUCGCCGGGCCGCAGCCCGCUGGAGGCGCAGGCGAGCCCCGGCUCGGGCGGCCUCGUGCUGCACGCGGCCUUCCCGCACGGCGCGCGACGCGAAAGUUUCCUCUACCGCUCCGACAGCGACUACGACCUCUCGCCAAAGUCGGUGUCGCGCAACUCCUCCAUCGCCAGCGACGCGAACGCUCUCCUGGGACCCAAGAGUGACCGGAAUUCCGACCCGGGUCUGUCCCGGUCCCACGGGAUGCACGGCGAUGACCUCAUCGUGACCCCGUUUGCCCAGGUGCUGGCCAGCCUCCGGUCGGUGAGGAGCAACUUCACCAUCCUCACCAACGUGCAGGGAGCCAUCACCAAGCGCUCCCCGAUUGGUGCUCAGGCGAACAGGGCGAGUCUGUCCGAUGACGGCUACCAGAAGCUGGCGCUGGAGACGAUGGAGGAGCUGGACUGGUGUCUGGACCAGCUGGAGACCAUCCAGACCCACCGCUCCGUCAGCGAGAUGGCGAGUAACAAGUUCCGGAGAAUCUUGAACCGGGAGCUGAAUCACCUUUCAGAGAUGAGUCGCUCGGGAAACCAGGUGUCUGAGUACAUCUCCUCCACCUUCCUGGACAAGCAGCACGAGGUGGACAUCCCGUCGCUCGCGCAGAAGGAGGAGAUGAAGAAACGUCGCCAGCAGCCCAUGUCUCAGAUCAGCGGCGUGCGGCGCCUCACCCACAGCUCGUCCCUCACGCAGUCCACCGUGCAGUCCACCCUGCCUCGCUUCGGCACCGCCGCCCCGCACGAGGAGCUGCUAGCCAGCGAGAUGGACGAUAUAAAUCGCUGGGGCCUCAACAUCUUCAAGAUCGCCGAAUACUCCGGAGGGCGACCGCUCACUGUGCUCAUGUACACCAUCUUCCAGGAGCGUGAGCUGCUCAAGACGUUCCGCAUCCCCGUGGACACGUUCCUGGCCUACGUGAUGACCCUGGAGGACCACUACCACGCGGACGUGGCCUACCACAACAGCCUGCACGCCGCAGAUGUCGCGCAGUCCACGCACGUGCUGCUCUCCACGCCCGCCCUCGACGCGGUGUUUACAGACCUGGAGAUCUUGGCGGCGUUGUUCGCGAGCGCCAUUCACGACGUCGAUCACCCGGGCCUCUCAAACCAGUUCCUCAUCAGCACCAACUCCGAGCUGGCCCUGAUGUACAAUGAUGAGUCGGUGCUGGAGAACCACCACCUGGCCGUGGGCUUCAAGCUGCUGCAGGAGGAGAACUGCGACAUCUUCCAGAGCCUGGGCAAGAAGCAGCGGCAGGGCCUGCGCAAGAUGGUCAUCGACAUGGUGCUCGCCACGGACAUGUCCAAGCACAUGAACCUCCUGGCCGACCUCAAGACGAUGGUGGAGACCAAGAAGGUGACGUCAUCCGGGGUGCUGCUGCUUGACAACUACACGGACCGAAUACAGGUGCUGCAGAACAUGGUGCACUGUGCGGAUCUGAGCAACCCCACGAAGCCGCUGGCGCUGUACCAGCAGUGGACGGGGCGCAUCGUGGACGAGUUCUACGGGCAGGGUGACCGUGAGCGCGAGCGCGGCAUCGACAUCAGCCCCAUGUGCGACCGCCACAGCGCCUCCGUCGAGAAGUCGCAGGUGGGCUUCAUCGACUACAUCGCCCACCCGCUGUGGGAGACGUGGGCCGACCUGGUGCAGCCCGACGCACAGGAGAUGCUCGAACUGCUGGAGGAGAACCGCGACUUCUACCAGAACGCCAUCCCCAACAGCCCCUCCCCGCCGCCCGACGGCGGCGGCGGCGGCGGCGGCGCCAACGCCGCCUCGUCGUGCCGCGACGAGGAUCUCCGAAGUGAAGAGAACGCCAACGACGACGACGACGGCGACGACGACGACGACGACGACGUGAGGACGUUGAGGGCGCAAGAUUCCGAGUCGCAGGAUCUGACGGUCGACGACGAGCCCCUGUGA